AGUCCAUCCGUCAGGGUCCUUUUUUUCUCUUUUUCUGCACACAGGCGAACACAUCCACCUUUUUCCCAGCCCCCGGGCUGCGAGCUAUCUGCGUGUGUGCGCGGCGCUCCAUUUGCACCUAAACGCGUUAUGGAUUAUGAAUGGGGUUUUCGCGUGUGUGUGUGUGUGCGUGUUGUUUUUUGGGGAGAGGGCUUCUUUUUUAGGGGGCUGCGUCAUCCGAGGCUUUGGGGAAGAAGAAGAAGAAGAAGAAAAGAUGGUCUGCUUUGCAGAUUUUUUUUACCACUAUUGCACUGUUUUGAACAGCGGGAGUCAACGUCACGGCGCAUUGUGGAUUGCACAUAGAAGAGAAGGAGGGAGGAACAUGGCUCAGCAUGGUUGUUGUGCUUCGUUCGAGCGGCCCCCGGCACCGGACUGACGCCACGAGUCAAACGUCUGGCCGACUUCAGUCAAGAAUGGGUGAAUGCCAAAUGGCCCACCCUGUGGAGAUGGACUGCACCGUCUGGGAAUGAUGUCAUUCCUUAGUGAUGAAGAGCCAUCUGCAUUUCGCUUCGAGCACCCACCUGCCCAGGUACAGGAACUAUCUGGCCCCCCCGGUUACAGUCGGUCCACACCCAGAGUGAGCUGAGCAGUGGCAGGAGGUGGGAGGUGUCAUGGUGGCCUGCUGAACAAGAGACGGCAUUACCCAUGAUCGCCAGGGUCGAGGAGACCCGAGAGAGAUGAUCGGCAGCCGAAGCUGAGACGCGACACGAGCGCGAAUCGAUAGCGUGGUGCCGCUCUCAAAGCUAGCAGGCUUUGGGUUCCUGCUGCUUAGGCCCGAGGAGUCGGACAGGACAGAUAUUCUCAGUGUUGGCGUGAGGCCCUCUCUCUGCUGCAGUGGAGGGCUUCACAGAUACAGCUAGUCUGGCUGGAUGCAUCACGCAGUAGAGCAGUUUGGCGGGCGUGGCACACGGGAUUCCUUCCCUCUGGACGGACUCAACCGGGGACCAUGGGCUCCUGUGGGCGGCCGCGCCUGGCAGCCGUCUGCCAGGUGUUCGCCUGGAAUGAACCAACACCAGCUCCUUCCCCAUCUACCUCCCGGUCCCAUGGGUGGACUGAACCAUCCCAGUAAAUUCUUCAGUAAUGGACCCCUGAGAGGAAGUGAGAAGCUUGAGCUCCCACAGCCCAUGCUACCAGGUCUGCAGAGGGAGCAGCAGAGACCUCCUCCUCCUCAUCAUCAUCUUCACCCUCCACCUCCCCACAGAGCAUGGGAGCAACUGGGCCAGCUGUAUGAAUCCCAUCUCCCUCCUCAAGGACAUCCGGCCGUGCCGCUGCCCAACGAGCACUCGCCUCGUCUCCAUAACGGAGGCUAUGCAGGGAGUGGCGGCCCUCCGCCCAACCCCCACCUUCCCCCCGGCAGACCAAACCAACUGCCGAAGUUUGGGGGUCCUCAAGAGCAGCUCGUUCCCCGGGGGCCACCACUGCUGGGAGAUGAGAUGUGGGCUCAGGUGCAUCAGCAGAGGGGCUACCAAGGGAAGAUGCUCGGGGGUCAGCUGAAGAGACCAGGCCCUCCGCUGGGAGAGCACUCGGUCAUCCAGCACACCCCUCCACCAUCCAUGCACCCGUCCUCCCGCCCAGCGGCGGAGGACUGCCCCAGCCCCAGCAAGAGGAAAAAGAGUUCGGAUCAGGUCUCCCAUCCUGGUCUGCAGCGUUUCCCUGGCCAGUCGUUGCUCUCUCAGCACCAGUCGUCAGUGCACCACCUCCCCCCUAAAGCUGCCUUCUGGAACCCCCUUCAUAAAAACAACCCUCCUUGGCAGCCGCAGACGUCCGACCGCAAGAACCCACAAUCGCAGGAGUGCCAGCUCCGACCAGAAUCCAACAAACAGGGAAUGGGUAGCUACGGCCAGAAGUCCUCUCCCGCCUCCUCCGCCCCUUCAAACCUCUCCCCACCACUCAACUCCUGCCCGGGAAGCUACAACCAGGGAUGUGCUCCUCAGCUCCAGAAAGAUGCAUUCCAACCUCAGGCUGUAAGCCAGCAGUCCCCCCCCUCGCCCUACCCCAGCCCGAGCUCCAAGCUAGGGCUAGCUCCACCCUGCCAGGCCGUGGAACCUCGUGGUCCUCACAACCAGAGAGGCCCUCCUUGUAGGAUCCAAGGUGGCAUCCAAGCUACCUCUCACACGGCAUCCACCCCAACCCGGGGAGAGCAACACCUACAUGCCCAAUCGUCACCAGCAAACCCUCCUGCAUCCAGCAGCAGCAGCAGCAGCAGUGUGCCUUACAGCCACUUCCAGCCUCAUCCAGGGCUGGGGCACAAGGGUCCCCCUCCUCCUCCUCCUCCUCCUCCUCCUCCUGCCAGCAGCACCUCAGUACCUCAGCAUUUGCAAAGUGGGCCCCAUGAAGCCUGGAGAUACCAGAGCAGGCCCGGCAGUCAAUCUGCAGAGUCGGGCGUCUACCGGCCUCCAGGACUGCUACCUCAGCGCCAGCAGAGCCACAAUCACAUCGUGGAUUGUCGUGUUCCGGUUCCUCCCCAGCACCACCAUCACGUCAGCCCUCCUCUGCCCCCAACCAACUCCACCCGAACACCCGUUAUCACUGCCAAUCUUCCCAUUUCCCAGGCGUCUUGCGCCAUCGGUGGCUACGGCAACAGCAGGGUGUCUGGUGGCGUAACUAUGGCCGGUGUGUCCAGGGUGACCACAGCGCCCGCUGCCAGCUGCUCGGUGAACAAUAGCAGCAGUAACAGCAGUUGGCAGCGAGGAAGAGAGCCUGCACCCCAAACCUCCACCCGUGGUGGCAUCACCAGUCCCACCUCUCAGCUGGACGCUCUGCUGCAGCCAGGAUGUCAGAGAGGCCAGACUGCCUCCGCCAACCAGCUCCACCAACAGGGCCCGCCCAGACCACCACAGCAGGAACCCCCCAAGUCCCGCCCUGUGAAGGGGAAGACGUCAUGCUAUGCUCAGGCUGAAAUGGAGCAACCCCCUGCAUUCUCGUCCUCUUUAUUCUCCUCCCGGCACCAGAGGGUAGGGGACAGUGUGAUUACAAGUCAAGUUUCAAAUCCUCUUCACGGUUCUUCUAUAAAAUACCAAUCGGCUCCGUGCCCGACUGCCAAUGCGGCGCCCCAGCUGUCGAAUCCAGCCCUCUCCUCCCGACUGGGUCAGUCGGAAUUUGCCUCGACGCAGCCGUACGCUCAGCCUCAGAUUCGCCCACCAGCGCCGCCCUCCGUCCCUCAGUCCAUAGAAGAGGCUCUGGACAAGCUUGAUGCCGAGCUGGAGGGUCACAUGCAAGCCGAGGAGAGGAGGAAGAGGGACAAGGAGGAGCAGGAGAGAAAAAUUAGAGAAGAGGAGAGGCGGAAAAAAGAAUGGGAGAUGAGACAAAAGCGGGACGAGGAGCGGAAAAAGAAGGAGCUGGAGAAGAAGGAUGAGGAGAGGAAGAAAAGAGAGCUGGAUAGACAUGAGGAGGAGAGGAGAAGGAGAGAACGGGAUAGGCAGGAGCAGGAGAGGAAGAGGAGGCAAGAAGAGGAGAGGAGGAGGAGAGAAGCGGAGCGGCUGGAAGAGGAGAGGCAGCGGAGAGAAUGGGAGAGGCAGGAAGAGGAGAGGAAAAAGAGAGAGUGGGAGAAGAAGGAGCGGGAAAGGAAGAGGCGAGAGUGGGAGAGGCAAGAGGAGGAGAAGAAGAAGAGAGAAGCGGAGAGGCAGGAGAUGAUGAAGAAGAGGGAACUGGAGUGGCAGGAAGAAAAGAAGAAAAAACAGGAGUUGGAGAGGAGAGAGGAGGAGAAGAGGAGGAUGGAGCAGCUGAGUGCAAAGGGCAAAGAGCAGACCGCCAUGGAGCACCUGGAGCGGCUGCUCUCCUGCAGCUCUCCCCCAGCAGCCACACCUCCUCGCCUCUCCUCUGUCCCUGCACCUCCUUCGGGCCCGCCCCCCCCCAGCUCCCAGGCGUCGCCCCCUUACCCCUGGCUGAGCCGCGGUGGCGUCCUCCCCUGUCCGCCCGGCCAGACCCCCACCGCCACCACUCCCGUGGAGAGGCUGCAGCCGCCCCCUCUCACGCCUCAGACGGAGUACGCCAGAGAAAAGCAGAGGCAGAGGGAGAUGUGGAGCAACAGCGGCAGAGCGACGUUCGGCCCCUCGGCGACACGCGAUACCUCAGGGACGAGCCGGGCGGCGUUCCCGAACAAGCCCCCGGCGAUGCAAGCCGCGCCCAACCUAUCCAAAGACCCCGCCAGGGAGCGAGACGGCAGCAACCUCUCUCUUCCUUCCUUGGCGCUCCGGGAGCCCCCCAAGCUGUAUCAGGCGUUCCCCAGAGAAAGCCCGACGCCACCUCUCGUCUCCGCCUCCGGCUCUAUGAGGGGAAUCCUAAACCAGCCGAUGACAGGAAGCGGUUCGGAAAAGCCCAGCAGCUGCGCUGCUGAAUCUGCCCAAUUUGAGGAGGAGCCCUCCGAGUUGUCCACCCUGCUGCCCGACGGUCUGGCUAACAUCAUGGCCAUGCUGGACGAAUCCAUCAAAAAGGAGGAGGAGCUGUAUAACAGCGAGAAGGCCGCGUCCACAGGUCUGCUGGACAACUUCAGUCCGUGUGUCCAGCCUAUCAAGAGCUACCUGAGCGCCCCGGACCUCAUUCCGGCGAUGAAGCAUCAGCCCAACCAGGAGGACUUUGGAUCUAAUCCGCACGCCAGCCCCCCCGUGCUCAGCCGCCAAGGCUCCCUGGCGUCGCCGUGCAGCCGAACGUCCUCGCUCAACGAGGAGGACGAGGACUCCUUCAAACCGUCUCCGAACGUCCCUCUGAACCCCAAGCGGCCGAUGGACAUGGGCGUGGGGAACACCAAUUACCGCCACAGCGACCUGGCCAAGCUUUACGGCCUCCCCGAGCAGACGAAAAGUGAGGUCGACGAGGAGGAAGACGACGACGACUCCGAGACGCCGUCUUGUUCGCCGCCGCCCCAAAGACCCCACCUCCACCAGACCGGCGUGAACAGCAUGUUCAAGUCCCUGGCGACCGUCCUGGAGAGCCAGAAGUAUGCGUACCGCGGAGGCCCUUUUGGGAGACCCCCUCCGUCCGCCCUGCUCGGGGUCAAGUACUCCUCGUCGCUGUCGCUGGGCCCCGAUAUCUGCCGCCAGCAGCAAGGCAGCUCUCCAACGUCGGAUUCAACCCAUCCACCGUUGAGUCCAGCGUUCCCAUCCCUCAAGUCCUCCCCUCCUCCUCCGCUCGAAGACACGAAUCCGAAAGCAGAGGACGCUGACGACUGGAGAGACGCGGAGGCGGCAGACGACAGAAUGAACUCCGUCAAAACGGAUGUUUCUGCCCUCAAACCCCCGACGGUGGCGAAGGAGGAGCAGCGGCUGACCACCAUCUCCGAGUCGUCUCUGGCGGAGCUGGGCAAAAGCUGCGAGGUCGUGCUGGGUCGACGGCCGCUCCCCAGCACGGACGCCCUCGAUGCGCCCGACGGCCACGUGAGAGCGAAGGACCGCCACAGACACGAGAAAGAGAGGGAGCACCGGGAGAAAGAGAAGCAACGCCACAGCAGCAGGAAGCACGAAGACAGGAAGGAAAAGAAGAAGCAUCGAGAGAAGAGAGAGGAGGCCUUCUGCACGUUGACGUUGUCGUCGUCUUCCGCUCGUUCCGGCUCCGGUCACAAGCGGCACAAGGACGGCAAGAGCCACAAGGAAAAGAAAGAUCGCAGGAUUCUCGGCGACCUCAACCUCCAGAGCAAAGAAGGGUCGGAGAAGAACCGGGGUCACUACGACGCGGAGAGAACGAAACGCAAGGACGCGUCCGGCUCCGCCAGCGACGGGGAGCACGGCGAGUGGACCUCGAGGAGCUCGGAAGAAAGGUCCUCGGAGGACAGGAGGGACCCCGAGUCCGGCUCGUCGCUGGGCCCGACGGACUUCUUGAAGCUGAAAGCGCUGUCGGACGGGCCGCCCAAGGAGCUGAAGAUUCGCCUCAUCAAGGUGGAGAGCGGGGACCGGGAGACCUUCAUCGCCUCCGAGGUGGAGGAGAAGAGGAUCCCGCUGGAGGACAUCACCAUCAAGAACACCGCCAGUGAGAUCAUCAGGUCCUGCAAGGGGGCCAGAGUGAAGGAGAAGUUCAGAGAGUCUUUCUUGCUCCCAGCUUUCUCCGUCAAGCCCACCAUGACCUCCGAUGAACCCAUUCCCAGAGAGAAGCUCAACCCUCCCACACCCAGCAUCUAUUUGGAGAGUAAGAGGGACGCCUUCUCCCCGGUGCUGCUGCAGUUCUGUACAGACCCCAAGAACCCUGUGACCGUCAUCCGAGGCCUGGCUGGAUCUCUGCGACUCAACCUGGGGCUGUUUUCUACAAAGUCGCUUGUGGAGGCCAACGCCGAGCAGGCGGUGGAGGUGAGGACGCAGGUGCAGCAGCCCGCCGAUGAGAACUGGGACCCCAGUGGGACGGGCCAGACCUGGCCCUGCGAGAGCAGCCGCUCCCACACCACCAUCGCCAAGUACGCCCAGUACCAGGCGUCCAGCUUCCAGGAGAGUCUGCAGGAGGAGAAAGGCAGCGAUGACGAGGAGGAUGAAGAUGAGAAGGAGAAGGAGAAGAAGCCAUCAAACAACUUUGAUACUCCAAGCAAGGACAGCUCUAAAGAAAGCAGCAGCGGUGAGCAGAAACAAGUGGGGAAGAUCAUUAAGUUUGGCACCAACAUCGACCUCUCCGACCCCAAGAGGUGGAAGUCGCAGCUUCAGGAGCUGCAGAAGCUGCCGGCGUUCAUGCGCGUGGCCUCCAGCGGGAACAUGCUGAGCCACGUGGGACACACCAUCCUCGGCAUGAACACGGUGCAGCUCUACAUGAAGGUCCCCGGGAGCCGGACGCCAGGUCACCAGGAGAACAAUAACUUUUGCUCUGUGAACAUCAAUAUUGGCCCUGGGGACUGCGAGUGGUUCUCUGUCCAGGAGAACCACUGGCCAAUCAUCAGCGACUUCUGUGAAAAGCAUGGGGUGGACUACCUGACCGGGUCCUGGUGGCCGGUGUUGGAGGACCUCUACAAAGCAAACAUCCCAGUGUACCGCUUCAUUCAGCGGCCCGGGGACUUGGUGUGGAUCAACGCCGGCACCGUCCACUGGGUUCAGGCCGUCGGCUGGUGCAACAACAUCGCGUGGAACGUGGGUCCUCUGAACGCCUACCAGUACCAGCUGGCCCUCGAGAGGUUCGAGUGGAACGAAGUGAAGAAGGUGAAGUCCAUCGUCCCCAUGAUUCACGUGUCCUGGAACGCGGCGCGCACGGUCAAGAUCACCGACCCAGACACCUUCAAGUUGGUCAAACACUGCCUGCUGCAGUCCAUGAAGCACAUCCAGAUCCUGCGGAACCAACUAGUGGCCGAAGGGAAGAAGUUAUCCUAUCAGAGUCGGGUGAAGGACGAGCCCGCCUACUACUGCAACGAGUGUGACGUGGAGGUGUUCAAUUUGUUGUUUGUGACGAGCGAGAACAACAGCAGGAAGACGUACGUGGUCCACUGCGAGGACUGCGCGCGCCAGCGGAACCCCCACCUGACCAACGUGGUGGUGCUGGAGCAGUACCGCACGGAGGAGCUCAUGAACAUCUACGACUCGUUCAACCUGGCCUCCUCCCGGUGACAGAGCCCCCCCCCCCUCCUGCGUCUCCUCAGCCAUAACCAAAACUCCUGCACGCCAGGACAAAAAGACACAGUUUCACUUUGGUUCUCAACUUUUCUUUCGUUAUUUAAAAAAAAAUCAUUUUUGCUACUACUGCUAACACUUGCCGAACAGCCAGUUGGAAACGUUUACUCAUCAUUACUGUUUACAAAAAAACAACAAAUACCAAGCCGCCAAUACAAUACCAGUUUACUCUCAGAUGGUGCUCUUCAGCUGCCGGCCACCAGGGGGCAGUCGGUGCUGCCGCGGGUACGUGACGGUUUCCAUGGUGCGUUCGUGUCAACACCAGAGAACUCGUUCCUGUUGUUGUCGUCUUGAAAACUGAGAUUUGUACAUGCUGUUUGCAAUUUUUUUGUGGGGUGCUGUCUUUUUUAAGAAAUAAUUUAUUGGUUUUGUUUUUUCUAAACUAGAUCAACCUAGAUAUAUACCACAUUGGCCUUGUAUUUAGAAAAAGAGAGGAAAAAUGGAAAAAUACUAAUAAUAGAGAUAUGAACAUUUUUCUAGAGCAUUAAGAAUUAAAAAAAAAAAAAACUACAAAUGUUUGGAAUGCUUCAAAACAUACGGGUUUUAACGACUUUGGUUGUUUUGGGGGGGAUUUCAUUUUUUUUGUCUUUUCGGAAUUCUUGUGUGUGUUGUAAAUCUUGUGUUUGUAUGAAUUAUACUUUUUAAUUUCCUUUUGGAGAAUAAUAAGUUGUCACGCAUCAGGUCUUUUUGUUCAUUUCUUCCAUCUCUGUAUGGAGUAUCUCUUUAAAAAAGAAAGAAAAAAAUCAUUGCCAUCUGGUGUUUGUGUGUUGUACCUCUGAUUGUUUUGUUCCAAUAUGCAGACCUAGUAUUUCCUGGAUUCUUUUUGAUUUUUUUUGCAUUGUACAUUUAAUUUAAAAUGUUUCUUAUAUUUAUUCGAUAUCAAUUGUCUCCCUUUUUUUUUUUUAAAGGGUUGUACAAGUUUUUCGAUAUUUUUUUUCUUUUUUCUAAUUUGUGUUCCUCUAUUUUUUAUAGUAAACGAUUGCUCUGUAAGAACUGACAUUUGGGGUUGUGUGUCCCCGGGAGUGGAGGCUGCUGUGUCCAUGGUGCUCGCCUCUCAUGACUCCGGCCUUUUCUCCUUCUGAUAUAUAUGAAAUGAUAUCUUUAUCUUGAAUAUAACACCACGUUUCCUGUAGACAAUAGGCACACUGCUCACGUAGAGAAGACGACUAAUGGAAUGCUGUGUUUGUUCGCUCGUUGAGGAAAACAACCGUUUCCAACCCGGUUUGAGAAACGGUCUCUUUUUUUAAUUUUAUUACGUAGGGGCUUUUAGACAAGAUUUUAAUGAUUUUAUGAUAGUAUCUGUUGAAUAUGAUAAAGGGAUAGAUGGUGCUACAUGUUCUCUUUGAACAACUUCUUUUUUUCUUCAUCCUCUUAAAAUGAGAAUUCUAUUUUUCCUGUUGCAAUAUGACCUUAUCCUUUUUCUUCUCUUUGUGGUCCUUUAUUUAUAACUGCACUGUUUAGAGAAUUCACACAGACAUACUUGCAGACACACACACACACACACACACCAAACUGAGCCAGACGUCUUAAACACUUGUGAAUUUGUGUGACUAUUAUUAAUAAUAAAAACUUUUUGAUAAAUCCAAGA